CCACCUCUCUCAGCUCUCCUCGCUCGCUCACUCACCUUGCUGUUUUGUCCCUCUCGUUCGUUGGCAUAGUCACUCGCUACACACUAGCACACAUCAUGCGUUCCGCCGCGGAAUUGCUUUUCUUUGCCCUUGGCCUUUUUGAAUAUACAUCAGCGUCGUCGUCGUCGUCGCCCUCCUUCAGCAACGCAGUGACAUGGAUCCAAUACGGGCAAAGCGCUGUCGUGAAGCUCGAUACACCGGGUUAUCCGCUCUGGCUGAUGGACAAAGCAAAUGCACCCAUCUUGCACGAACAGGCCGGGGAUUCCUACUGGCCGCAAGACAAGCCGAGCGCGGUUCUUCUCAACUUAACAAUGUCUCUUGAUAACAAGACAUUAUUGCUAAACCACAACCCCAUUCUCCCGCUCUCAGACCCAAAUGUCCCACCCCUGAUUGAAGCAUACCAAGUCCCGGCCGACAUGACCACCACGCAGAUCAGAGGAUUGGUGUCGAACGGACUGUUGAAUAGACAGUGGGAGGGUUUGACGCUUGGAUGGCGAUAUCUCGCACUCGACUACGACCGGCUUGUUUGGGCGGAUCCUGAGACGGGGCCAUACCAGAACCACGUCCCAAUUCUACGCUUCCGGAUCAUGGGUAUCGGCGCACAUAGUCGGAAUGAUGUGCUGGACGUGGAGAAGCAGCAGGUUGUACAUGUCACGCUCCAGGACUGGAAACAUGGCUCUUCGGAUGCGAAGGAUCGGUCGUAUGGGAUUACCAAGAUUGAGUUGGUGGAUGUGGAGGAGUCGUACGCGUAUGUGCCGGCGAUGGAACCGGAGCAGGAGGAGUGUUCGCUGAGGUCUUGGAGAUGUGCGGAUAAGGGGUUGUAUCAGGAGGGUCCGCCUUGGUAUCGGUUCAUUUGGAGGGAAAGGUUUGAUUGGUAUGGGAGGGUUGGGUCGCUGAGGCAUGCGGUGGUUAGAAAAGUGGAUGUCAUGAGGAAGUUUGUGGCGGAUGCGGGACCCGCGAUGGUUUUUGCGUUUGUCAUUUUGUUUGGGGCGGCAAUACUGGUUAUGAGCAUGGUUGGGACUAUUGGGAGUUUGUGUAAUAGGAGGGAGAAGACGAUCAGGGAACUGGCAGAGGACGAUCGGUUUUUGGGGGAAGAAGCGGACGAGGAGAGGUAUUUAGACGACGAGGAGGAGAAGGAAGUAGUUCCAUCCCCGCUCCCACCAAGGUCUGGUCAGGACAAGGAGGAGGCUGUACUGAUUGACUUAGGCUGCUGAAGCGUCCUGAAACUAACUGGAGCUUGGCAUCUUUGCAAGGGCUCCGUCAAGGUGAUGAAGAUACCGUGGGAGCGGGGGGCGAGAUGUUGCAGCACCGUUGAGAUGAACUUUAAUGUAAUCAUAGCCCCUCUAGAGGGUAAUGUUUUCACAUGCCGUAAGCUUGUCACGUCAGGGCGAUGAAUGAGAAACUAUGUUCU